CUCGAUCUAUCCCAAUAGGAGGAGAAGGGAAAAUCUCUCUUCAUCUUCAAUUCAAUCUUUUUGUUUGAGGCUCAAGCUACUAGCUAGUAAAAGCCUUAACCCUAUUCUUUACAAGUUUAUCUUUCGCUCUUUGGUAAAUUUUCGAUUUAUCUAUGUUUUGUUUUUGUCUUUUUGAAGAAAACAAUGGAGAACGAUCAACAAGGACCCUGCUUGAUAGAUGAGGAUAAGGAAAAGAUGGAGCAAGUGAUCAAGAACAUGUUAAUCUUGUGCGCAGAUAAAUCCACUGCGAUCCACCUCCUCAUGCAGUUCGGAUGGAAACCGCGUCUUGUUGCAGUGCAGCUCGGUGGAAGAAGGGAGGAGUUAUUGGCGGAAUCAGGUUUGAAACCUGUUGUGAUUGAUUCGAAUAUAGAUUUACCUAUAUCAUCUUGUGGUAUUUGCUCUACGACUGAAGAUGUAUAUGUUGAUGAGUAUUAUGAUGAUAACAAUGAUGAUGAUGGUGGUGAUGGUGAUGGUGAUGGUGAUGGUGAUGGUGAUGGUGAUGAGGAUGAGGAUGAGGAUGCGGAUGAAGAUGAGGAUGAGGAUGAUGAUGAUGAGGAUGAGGAGGAUGAGGAUGAGGAUGAGGAUGAUGAUGAUGAUGACGACGAUGAUGAUGAUGAAGAGUAUGAUGAAGAAGAAGAUCGUCAUCAUUUCAUCUCCACACCCUAUUGUUCUCACAAGUUCUGCAAAACUUGUUGGAGAGAGUAUCUUAAGAAAAAUUUCUACUCUCUGGAGGAAAACCUAACCGUGAUCUCAUGUCCUGAUCAAGAUUGUGGAGCUUCCGUUGGACCAAAAACGAUUGACAAACUAGGAGUACGUGAUCAAGAGAUGUAUGGGAACUAUAUUCUGCGAUCUUACCUUGAGAGCAAACAGCUCCCUGACCCUGCACCGGAUUCCAACUAAGCUAUGCCAUUGACCAAAUUUGAGUUUAGGAAAAGAUCUUUCUUUAUGAAAUGCAUUGUUAUUCCAUUUUAUGUUUUUUUUUAAUAAUCGAGGAUUUCGAGUUGAUCAGUGUAAUCGAAUCUUCAAAACUUUAUAUAUGAAACAUCAUGUUCUUGCCAUUAUAUAAAAAUAUUUACAUUCA